CUACCUUCGCGGUUAUCAAAACCCCCACUCCCUCCCUCCUUGUCGUCCCAAUUCUCAAUUCUCCAAAUCAACUGUCUCCUCCUCAACUCGCCUCGAAUCGCGGGUCACACAACUCGUCACACUCUGAUUUCCUUCCUUCAACUCCUGAGUAUUUCUCCGGUGUCAAUGGAGGUUACGACGGCGUUUGGAAACGAAGAUGCGGCGGCGAUGGUGGCGGAGCUCCGGCGAAAUUUCGCCAGUGGUAAGACUCGGAGCUACGAAUGGAGAGUGACUCAGUUGAAGAAGAUAGUGAAGAUGGUGGAAGAACGCGAGAGUGAGAUUGUUGAUGCUCUUCGCUCUGAUCUUAAUAAGCCUGCAUUCGAAUCCGUCGUAUACGAGAUUUCAAUGUUAAAGUCCUCGUGUAAAGUGGCUCUUAAGGAACUAAAGCAGUGGAUGAAGCCACAAAAGGUUAAAACUACUAUAGUCGCGUUUCCUUCAUCAGCAGAAAUAGUAGCAGAACCAUUAGGCGUUGUUCUGGUUAUCUCUGCAUGGAAUUAUCCAAUUUUGCUAUCCCUUGAUCCUGUUGUUGGAGCCAUAGCAGCUGGUAAUGCAGUCGUUUUAAAGCCGUCUGAAAUUGCUCCUGCUACGUCUUCAUUGCUGGCAAAGUAUGUGAAAGAAUAUCUGGACAAUUCUGCAGUCAGAGUUGUAGAAGGAGCCGUUCCUGAAACUUCUGCUCUCCUGGAACAAAAAUGGGAUAAAAUAUUUUAUACAGGCAACGGAAGAGUGGCACGAGUAGUGAUGUCAGCUGCUGCCAAGUACCUUACCCCAGUUGUCUUGGAACUUGGAGGAAAAUCUCCAGUAAUAGUGGAUCCUGAUGUUAACCUCAAAAUUUCUGUCAGGAGAAUUAUAGCAGGGAAGUGGGGUUGCAACAAUGGGCAGGCAUGCAUUUCUCCUGAUUAUAUUGUCACUACAAAAGAGUUUGCUCCCAAAUUGGUCGAUACUCUAAAACGUGAAUUGGAGAGAUUCUAUGGUUCGGACCCACUGCAAUCAAAUGAUUUGUCUCGAAUUGUGAAUUCUAAUCAUUUUGAUCGUUUAGAAAGGCUUCUGGAUGAGGAUAAAGUCGCUGGUAAGAUUGUUCAUGGCGGUCAAAGAGACAAAGCUCAACUAAAAAUUGCUCCAACAUUGUUGAGGGAUGUUCCACUAGACUCUCUAAUGAUGACCGAGGAGAUAUUUGGUCCAUUGCUUCCUAUUAUCACGGUCGACAAGCUGGAAGAUAGCUAUGAAAUUAUAAUGUCACGAGCAAAGCCCCUUGCCGCAUACUUAUUCACCAACAGGAAGGAUAUGAAGAAUCAAUUCGUGAAGACUGUCUCUGCAGGGGGUUUGGUCAUUAACGACUCAGCCAUACAUCUUACAGUACACGGUUUACCAUUUGGUGGAGUAGAAGAGAGUGGAACGGGUUCAUACCAUGGAAAAUUCUCUUUCGACGCUUUUAGCCAUAAGAAGGCGGUUCUUUACCGAAGUUUUAUGGGCGACGCUUUCGUCCGAUACCCUCCGUACACUCACGGAAAAAUGAGACUAUUGGGAGCUUUAAUCUGUGAAAAUAUCUUAGGAAUAUUUCAAGCUCUGAUGGGAUGGUCCAGUAACUCUUCCCUUAAAGACAAGACUGCAUAGUAAUUUAAACUUCUAUACUUCAGUAAAUUAUUUUUGUGCAUCAUUCAUUUCUGUACUUAGCACUAUACGAUUUGUGAUUUGUUAACGUAAUGCGAGUAAUAAUAUGUUUUUCGUAGAUAAAAAUUAGGCCUAUAUCUUCUUAU